AUGGCAACUGACGUCGAAUCCCCCCCGGAGGUCAACGACGCGGUUACUUCGGUCGCCGGUGCGAUCAGGAAUGCCAUCCCGAUUAGGGUCGAUCCGCCCUCUCACGCCAACGGACAGGCCGUUUCCUCCUCCUCCGUCGUCCUCACGAAGUACGCGAGCUACGACGAAUUACGACGCGCACGUCUCCGAAAAGACCCGCAUAUCGCCUUACGACGCGAGCUGGAGGCGCUUCAGAAGGUCCCCAAACCGCGAGACGACUUCGCCGUGCUUUCGGAUGCCAUUAUCGAGGGGAUCCUGCGCUGUUACGAGGCCACCGCGCCGGCGGUCGUUCAGCUCGCCGCGACCUGCCAUCGUCUGCGGCGGCUUUCUCUUUCGUUGGUCGUUUUAGAAGGGGUCUGCGUCGUGCCGGAGAUGAUCCCCUACGCCCGACUCGCCAGCCUCGAUCGCGUCGUGCGGGGCUCGUUGAUGCAGUAUCUCGGCAACCCUGGCCGACGCGCGCGGAUGCGGCGGUUGGGUUUGGUGAAUCUCAAACAAUUCCCCCCGUUGCUGACGAAAUCGGCGCUUCCGUGGUUGAACCCGAUCGCCGCCCUGCAGCUCGUCGCGCAGCUCCCGCAUCUUUCCUUUUUGGAUCUCCGUGGCGUCCGUUGGCGGCGGAGUGCCGAGACGAGCCUGGGGUUGCAGCAUUUUUUGGAGGAUUUGCACCUCGUCGCGCCGAGCUUGGCGGUGUUGAAGGUCGACGCGGAGUUGCUGGGGUCGUGGGCGGCCGGGUGGUGGCAUUGGCAUCCCCAUUUGCACACCUUGGUGGUGGGUUCCCGCGCCGGGGAAGGGGCGCGGCAGGCCGCCCCCGCGAUCACCCUCCCGGCGGAUCUCUUCACGAUGCUCGGCGGCCCCGACGGCGGAUUGCCGCGGCGGUGGACCCUGAAGGUGUGGGAUCCCUUAAGCGUGGAGUCGUUGAAGCAGCUUUUGAUGCCGGAUGAACCGCUCAGUCAGCUUCAGGUGCUUUUGGUGAACUUUCUGGGAAAUUGCGCCUCGGUGGAGGGGAAGGAGCGCACCGCACGGGUCUUUUCGGACGCCAUCCUCAUCGAUACGAUGCAGUCCAAGACGUCUAAAACUAAACGGGCGACCUCACCAGGGAUGGAGGCGGCCGAUCCCGUGCUGUUUCCUAGUUUGGAGUCGAUCACCAUCGUGGAGGUGGAGGAGUAUUCGUUAGUAGCGGUGGGGGUCUUUGCGAGGCUUUUGGUAACGGCACCAAACUUGGUGAAUUUCAACAUAUGCAACCCAAUCCGGGUGCCCUCGUCGAAUGGAGCAAAGGAUAAAUCCAAGGAGUCACAAAUUUGA